CGUCAACUUGAAUCAUGAAGAAUAAAUCAAAAAACGAUUUAAAUGAAAGACCAUCUUUUAUGAAAUGGAAAUCUCAUACAACUUACACAAUCGCCACACUGUCCUGGACAAUGGGUCUAACGAACAUUUUUUAUAUACCAGCAUUAAUUUUGGAAAACGGAAUAUUAGAUUUCUUUGCAGGUUACAUUUUAGUAAUGAUUAUCGUAGGAUUACCUAUAACUGUUAUUGAUAUAGCAAUCAGCCAGUACUCAUCUAAAUCAGUGGUUAGAUGUUGGGACAUUUGUCCAUUUUUUAGAGGUGCUGGUUACGGAAAAGUUAUUUUUCUUGUUCUAUUUCAAGUUUAUUAUAAUAUUCUGAACAGUUACGUAUUAUUUUAUUGCUUCGCACCAAUACCAAAGUUUCAAAAUCUUAACAAAGAUGAAUCACAAUAUUUAGGAGGCAAUAACCAUGAUUAUUCUAACAAAAAUUCAACGUUUUCAUCCAACACGGAAAAGUUUUGGUAUACAGAAGUGAUUCAAUUUGAUAGAAGGCUACAAUAUUUAGAUUAUCCAAACAUGAAGCUAGUAGGCUGUUUAUUUGGCCAUACUAUCAUUGUAUUAUUGCUCAAUUUUCGAGGAAUCAACUUUCUAGAAGCAGUUUUGCCUUUUCUACUGGGUUUAACAAUUAUAUUGUUUUCAAUAAUACUGUUAGUAACAAAUACCGUUCCUGGAGCCUGGAACGCAAUAGCAAAUUUACUUCCCAAAGGUUUUAACUUCAAUAAACUUCUAUUAUGGAGUAAGGAAGAAAUAAUCACUGAUGUGUUUAAGAAUUAUUUAUUUUCAAUGGGUGUUGCCUUCGGUGGUUUUUCAAGCAUAGCCGCCCAAGGUUCUUUUAGAAAACCAGUAUACCGGACCGCUAUAUGGGCAAAUCUUAUUAACUUCUUGACAUCGAUUUUAUAUACCUUUUUAUUUGCAAAUUUCCUAGAAAUUAUCAGAUAUCAAGAAAAAAAUAAUCGGAAAAUUGAAGCGAAUCAUAAUGGAAAUGACUUUUACUAUAUUUUUACCGAAAUUCCAACAGCAUUUAAAUAUUUUCCAGGUGAACCUCGACUUUGGCAAUUUGUGUUUUAUAUUGCAAUUUAUAUCAGAGGUCUAUGCGCAUCAGCUUUAAUGACAUCAACAUUUUUGGGAAUUAUUUAUGAAGAAAGACCAAAACUUUACCAAAACCCUAGAAACUGCUCCCUAGUGUUUUGUGUAUUUAUAUUUCUAUCAGGGUGUCUUUUUCACACAAAUUUUGGAACCAUAGCUGGACCUUUGACAGUUUCUAUCGGCAAAGAUAUUAUUCUACCAAUUAUGAUAGCUUUACAAGUCAUAUCGGUACUUUGGAUCUAUGGAAUGCUUCGUUUCCUUGAAGAUUUACAUUUUAUGCUUGGUUUUGCUCCGUUAGUAUACUGGAAGGUAUGCUUCACGCUAACAGCUUGCAUGGUGCCAUUACUAAGUACAAAAUUAGCUGUCAACUAUUUUGCAAAUGCAGAUCUAACAUCAUUCGAAGUUGUACUUCAAAAGUUUAUCUUGUCUUUUAUUUUACCGUGGACACCAUUUAUGAUUUUGGUAAGAGUAAUACGAAAGAAAAAAUGGAACAAUAUACUAGGUCCAUCGACCGAUUGGAAAUUGCCUAUUAAUUUGGAAAGUAGUAGGAAGAUGUUUCAAGAAAUACACUGUACACAAGAAUAUUUAUACGAAAAACAUUUAAUACAAGAUAAAAUAAAAAAAUAUGAAUGAUUGAUGUUAUUUCAGUUUGAUGAACUUAUAUAAAAACAAGAACAAAUAAA